GAAGAGUGCUAGGCAUAACUUUAAGAGGCAGAAAGAGAGCGGUUUGGAUCAGAGAACAAACGGGUAUAGACGAUAUUCUAAUAGACAUUAAGAGAAAAGGCGCUGGGCAGGUAGUGUAAUGCGCAGAUUAGAUAACCGCUGGACCAUUGGGGUGACAGAAUGGGUACUAAGAGAAGGGAAGUGCAGUAGAGGACGGCAGAAGAAUAAAUGGUGCGACGAAAUUAGGAAAUUUGCGGAUGCUAGUUGGAAUCGGUUGGCGCAGGACAGGGGUAAUUGGGGAUCGCAGGGAGAGGCCUUCGUCCUGCAGUGGACAUAAAUAGGCUGCUGCUGAUGAUGAUAAUGCAAAAUGAGCGUAUGUUUUUUUUUUUUUUUCCAAAGGAACUAUGAGCUAAGCCUCUUUGAUUUUGGCUCUUCAGCCAAAUGCCUCUCUGCGCGCUUGAAUGUAUACGUUUUCAUGAUCCAUAAGUUCGACCCUAUUAAUUCACUAAUUAUUUCGUCCGCUCUUUCCUUCAAUGGUCCCUGCUCGAUCGCUUCUUUCGACAGCUCUGAAGCGCGGAUGUUCAAGCUGGUCUUCGCAAUCGCGCUGACCCUCAUGGUCCUCGGAGUGCUUGUAGUGGCCGGCCUCUUCCUGGUGCACGGAGUGCUGAGCAUUCGAGGGUCCGAAUCAACCGAGAUGUUGGCCACAGCUAACUUGGAAAGUCUGGAGGACCGAGAUUGGAAUCCCAUCAUCAUCAGGCACCGGCGCAAGACCGAGGCUACUCCAAAAGUCACACCCGAGGGUGAUUCAUGGACCAUAUCCGAGGGUGAUUCAUCGACCGAAUCCGAGGGUGACUCAUCGAGCACAUUCGAGGGUGAUUCAUCUACCACCUCGGAGCCUGCUGGUGAAGGAACUUGGCAUGGCCACUCUGACACGGUCACGUCGCCACCUGACGAAAGAACUCUUUCACAGUCUGUGAUUUGCACGUUUGGCACGAAGUUAAACUCCGCAACGGUUUUCCCACCUGACGGCCUCUGCGACUGCAUAUUUUUCGAUUCCCUCUACAAGAACGGCACGAACAAGCUGGAUGGCGACAGUUCACCGAAUUUUAUGUACUUCAAGAAAAAAGCGAUGGAACACAAUGAAACAAAUUUCGGCGUUGGUCUUGACUUCGAGAGCUACGUGGACGUCGAAGAAUUUUUGAAUUCUGAUCACGCAAGCCCGAUUCUUCAGCAGCUGGUAAGAGGCGGCAUCCACCAUUACGGAGUGAUCAACACGCCCGUAACGCCGCUGUGGACCACAGAAGUGAAGAAAGUGCUGAACAUGCUCAAGGCAUUCGACUCACUAAUGGAACAAGAAGAAACGGAGGACAUGCCUUUAUACACGGCAUUCACAGCCUCGAUGUACACGAAAACGUUGCUUAACAACUUCACCACGCUAUUCAAGACGGUGUUCACACCGGAUUUCCUGAUACUUUACGGGCAUUUCUUCGCCGAAGACCAGUCGUGGCCUGACUGCCAGAUCGUUCCGCCCACGUUCGACACACCACCGGAAUCCGGCGGGUAUAUUUAUUCGCUGAAAACGGCGCACAGCAACGCGAAGGAGCUUCAGCGCGUCGACAUUCCGGCGCUGACCGUGGCCGUGUCCGUGGCCAUAUUCGGUCGCUGGUACAAGCCCCGACACGUGAAUGAGUCCGGCGCAGCGGGCGAGCCUGGCAGCUACAGCCUGUUCAGCAUGUGCGAGCCUACCGGAGACGACGAGCAGCUUGGCAGCGUCACACAGGUGUGCCAGCUGCCCAUGUGGUCCAGCAGGGUAUAUUCGAGGGAGCACCAUUCUGAAUACUGCUACGACACGAACAUGGAAAGGAUCUUCACAUUCGACACCGCAAGGACAUUGCGCGAAAAGCUGUGCUUGCAGAAGGCGCGAGUCGUGUCGGUGGACUACGCCCUCGCCGCCUUCAAUCUCGAGUAUGCCGAUGGCCGUGGCGAGUGCGGUGAGGGUGACUUCAGCGAGCUUCGCGCCCUCAGGCGGCUGCUGGACGAAAACUUCAGCGACGACGACUGCGCCGCCAUCCGGCAGCCCUCGUAGCAAAUGGCCAGCGACGAUGUUGCCAGCACCAGCGCCAUGCUGCUGAGCACCUAGUUGCGGUAUAGAGGCUAGAAGGUUUCUAGCCUCUAUAGUUACGGGGCCGCCGCACUGUCGAAAAAUAAACGCUACAGACAG